AUGUUGAAGAAUACUCAUGGUGCAUUCAAGCUGAUGUCACAAGUGAACAUAGCGAAUUUUUUCAUAAAGAACCGAGCGAAGCGGGUUUGGAGCACCAAGGUCAAAAGUACCUUACCAGGCUUUAUGCCCUUGUCUUGGGUGCUGUCCGACAACACUGCAGUGACGUCUCUUAGUGGGCUUCGGCGUGUGUUGGCGAACGGUUCGUUGGAACUGCUACCCUUCUCCUCGGAGCACUUCAGGCGAGAUGUGCACGCCACUAUAUACCGGUGUCGGCUGAGACUCGGCAGUGGGUUCGUCGUGCUCUCCAAGAACAUUCAUGUACAUGCGGCACUAAACAUACCUUGGGAAGUGCAUGUACCAGACGAGUACGUGAUGGCGGGCAACGCAGCGGUGUUGCGAUGUGUGAUCCCGCCGCAUUGCGCCGACCGAGUCAGUACUACAGAUUGGUUUACCGACAACGAGGUCGCUGUUUCGCAUUACUUAGGCUCGAAGUACCAGCGGUUGGAUGAUGGCUCCUUGUACAUAAGUGGAGUGAGCACCCAUGACAGACAUAGCGCUUUCCGGUGCAGGGUGCGCGACCGGAUCACCGGUACUUUAUACACUAGCCAGUAUUUCGGUCACAUAAUAGUGACAGAACCUAAAGGCGGAGUGCGUCCUCGGGUCGUGUUAGAGCCGCGAACGCGUCGCAUUCAAGCUGGCCAGGACGUCCGACUUCCUUGCGCAGCUCAUGCUUGGCCUGUUCCCAGUUAUAGGUGGUUUCGCGAACACCACGAAGAACUAAUCCCCAUAGAGAAGACAUCGUUAUGGGGCCGCACAAGACUAUUUGGUGGUGGUCUGCUGAGUUUGCAGGCCGUGAGAAAAGAAGACGCUGGACGAUUCGUGUGCUGGCUAAAUAACACUGUUGGAGGAGAAUCCGUGCACUUCACUCUCAUUGUCACAGAACCCAUCUCCGUCCGAAUAAAACCCGAAGUAGUACGAAUGAAACCGAACGCAAAUAUAACAUUCGAAUGUAAAGCGUCGGGCCAUCCAAUAGAGCUUGUCUACUGGGUACAUGACGCGAGAAUUGUGAAGGCAAAUGAAAGAGUCAAGAUAUCUGAAGACGGCCUAAGAUUACAUAUCAAAAAUUCGCAGAGGGAUGAUCAAGGAGUUUAUCAAUGCUUCGUUAGUAAUACGAAGGAUCAGGCUUACGGAGUGGCCGAAUAUUUAAUAGACGUGUCCGAGGGUCGUCUGAAGGUUCCUGCCAACCGCUCGCGGCGCACCCCCUACGCUAGAAGCACUCAUACACAUGACUCGGACUGGAAUUUCACUGGCACUAGAGAGUCUAAACCAGAGUUGGUGUACUGGUUUUCGGAACAGACGUUGCAACCAGGUCCGAGUGUUUCUUUAAAAUGCGUUGCGAUGGGACAUCCACCGCCGCAAUUCACAUGGCUUCUUGAUGGGUUCCCUAUACCUACAAAUUCAAGAUUUGCUGUCGGUCAACGCGUCACACUCCAAGAUGACGUAGUCAGCCAUCUUAACAUCAGCCGAGUAACAGAACAAGAUGGCGGAGAAUAUGCUUGUGUUGCCUCCAAUACCGGGGGCAAAGCAAUCCAUGCAGCUAGAGUCAAUGUAUACGGCCUUCCAUAUAUUCGUGAAAUGCCCAAAGUCACGGCAGUGGCGGGAAGCGAUUUGAAUAUAAAGUGCCCAGUGGCUGGCUACCCCAUCGAGUCAAUUACUUGGGAAAAAGACGGUCAAACUCUCCCCCUGAAUCGACGGCAGAAAGUAUACCCAAAUGGCACACUAAUCGUAGAGCAGACACAGCGAGGUGAAGAUGCUGGGACUUACACUUGCCAAGCGUCAAACCGCCAACGACAUGCUGCAAGAAGAGACGCAGAAGUACAAAUAUUAGUUCAACCUAAAAUUCUACCCAUACCGGCGCUAACAAAUUUAUUACGGGAAGGUAUGAGAGCAGCCAUAUCAUGUCAGAUCUUAGAGGGUGAUUUACCGGUUGCGUUUCGGUGGGAGAAAAAUGGGCAGCCUGUGACAUCAUCACCGUACGCGCCGAGCGGGAUAAUAACACGUAGAAUGGAUGAAUACAGCGCCUCGUUGGUUAUUGAACAAGUGACCUCCCUCCACAGUGGAAAUUACACGUGCAUUGCUUCAAAUGUAGCGGGCUCCGAGCGCUAUACUAUACCGCUUACUGUCAAUGUCCCUCCUCGAUGGAGAUUGGAGCCUAAUGACGUGGCAGUGGCAGCGGGACAAGACGUCACUUUACAAUGCCAAGCAGAUGGUUAUCCAAAACCAACUAUCACUUGGAAAAAAGCAGUAGGUAACACACCAGGGGAAUACAAAGACUUCAUGUUUGAAGGGAGCUCAAGAGUCUUGGAGAAUGGCUCACUUGUAUUCGAGCGUGUAGCCAAAGACAGUGAGGGGCAUUAUCUUUGCGAAGCGAGAAAUGACAUAGGCGCUGGACUGAGCAAGCUCAUUUUCUUAAAAGUAAAUGCGCCAGCGAGAUUUCCAAUGAAGAGCAAAACAGUGCAAGUUACAGCGGGAGAGGCGGCGCAUUUGCAAUGUGCUGCCUCAGGAGACGCGCCACUAGAAGUUAGUUGGCGAAGCCCACACCAUCAUACAAUUGCUCAUCAUUUGGACCAAAGAUACACGAUCCGGGAGCAGGUAUUAGACGAUGGCCUAGUUUCUGAGUUAAGUAUAUUACAAACAUACAGACAAGAUACAGGCGCUUUGACGUGCAGAGCGUCCAACGCAUACGGACAGGAUGAAAUGCUUAUACACUUAGUAGUACAAGAGGUUCCAGAAAUGCCAAAAAACAUUCGAAUAAUCGACCAACAGUCAAGAUCUAUCCAAAUAUCAUGGACGCAGCCGUAUGCUGGCAACAGCCCUAUUAUUAACUACAUCGUACAGUACAAGGAGGCUCCAGAUUCCUGGCCAACAACACCGCAGAAGGUUAUUGUUCCUGGGAGCGUGACUUCUGCUAGUGUACAAAAUCUUCAACCAGCUACGUCAUAUCACUUGAGGAUUAUUGCGGAAAAUAGACUCGGACAAAGUGAGCCCAGCCAGCUAAUACAAGUCACUACUACGGAAGAAGUUCCAAGCGGCCCGCCACUCGAUGUUAGAGUUGAAGCCAAAAGUUCCACAGAAUUAAUCGUCAGCUGGGAACCGCCGCAAAGGGACCUAUGGAAUGGAAAUAUAUUAGGUUACUACGUAGGAUUUCAAGAGCUAAAUAGUAACAGUACUGUCCUGAGUGCAAGUGGUCCCGGCGGUGCUUCGUACACUGUCCGAACAGUGGAAGGAGCCGGUAGUGCCCGCGCCCGCACCACGCUGUUGGGCUUACAGAAGCACGCCGCAUACGCCGUCGUUGUGCAGGCUUAUAACAGCAGAGGCGCCGGCCCUGCUUCACCACCUACCACUGCCACUACUAUGGAAGAUGUUCCAAGCCUACCUCCGGGAGCUCUUCAAUGCACGGCUUUGAGUUCACAAUCGGUACGCGUAGCAUGGGAACCGCCACCUCUUCGAGGGAGAAAUGGUGUACUGCAAGGGUACCGAGUUACCUAUGCACCCGUUACGGAUUGGUUCGGUAAUGAAGAUGCAGUGACUAAACAAAUCUCGGGUCUACACACUACUCUAUCAGGACUAAGAAGGUAUACUAACUACUCUGUCACCGUCUGUGCCUUCACGGCAGCUGGCGAUGGCGUCAGGGCAGCUCCUGUUUAUUGCCAUACUGAAGAGGAUGUACCUUCAGCACCUGCUGAUAUAAAAGCGGUUGUUUCUUCAAGAAAUAAGAUCCUGGUGUCGUGGUUACCACCUGCCUCGCCAAAUGGGGUCCUCGUGGGUUAUACUCUUUACAUGAGUGUUAUAGAAGAUGGAAGAGAGGAAGGUACUCAUAAACGUAUGCUGUCACCGAGUACAUUGUCCCAUGAGACAUCACGAUCACCUCCAAGAGCCACACAUCAGUUUUGGGUGUCGGCAUCAACAAGACUGGGUGAAGGCGAAGCAACACGAGUUGUUACCGUAUUGCCGUCCGAAUCAGUACCUGCACGGAUCACAUCAUUUAGUAGGAGCAUAGUGACACCUUGGAAAGAGAACAUUUCCCUUCCGUGUAACAAAGUAGGAGUGCCAACUCCAUCCACCACGUGGAGUAUGAACGGGGCGGUGUUGGAGUCCACACUUAGGAAGAAUGUGACCAACGAUGGGUCUCUAAUCAUUAGCAUGACGCAAUACUUGGACACUGGUAACUACACAUGCUCAGUUGAAAACGUACACGGCCGAGAUGACGUCACGUACAGCGUAGAAGUGAAGGUGCCACCACAGCCUCCUGUGUUAGCCGUCGUCGACUCAUACGCAGACUCGCUACAUUUGCAGUGGAGCGAUCAGGGUGACGGGGGUAGCCCUAUUUUAGGUUACGUAAUCAACUACAAACGUGAACACGGGGACUGGGAAGAGCUUCAGGUAGAAGCUGGCACCUCAGAACAUGUGUUGCCUAACUUGUGGUGUGGCACUCGUUACCAGUUAUACAUCACCGCAUUCAACCGCAUAGGCACUGGAUUACCUUGCGACAUUGUUCACGCAUAUACUAAAGGAACUGUGCCCGUAAAACCAAAGCACUCCCAAAUGAUAACUCUGAAUACCACAACGGUAACUGUGUGGCUGGAUUCAUGGGGUGAUGGCGGUUGUGGCAUACUAUACUUUGUCAUUGAAUAUCGAGAGAUUAGCCAAUCACAGUGGCGUCUAGUAUCAAACAGCGUGCAAGCGACCGAGCGCGUGUUUAGUGUGCCGGGCCUGACGCCUGCGACGCACUACCAGCUACGCAUUACUGCUCACAACAAUGCGGGCCACGCCGUCGCACUCUACAACUUCACCACGCACUCCGUCAGCGGCAUGGUAGAAGGCGAGGUUUCCCCCGCGGCGCCCGGGUCGGGGCGCAGCCUCGGCGGCGCGCGCGUGCUGCUGCCCGCUGCGCUGUCGCUGCUGGUGCUCGGCGCGCUGCUCGCCAUUGUGCUGCUCGUCCGCAGAAACAAAGCAGGUGGUACGGAAACCGUAGCAACAGAGAGCGGUGUCGGUGAAUCACCGUCUGUUGCGCAGCUCCAGAACAAAGUGAACCGCGACCAACAGUACCUCGCCGCUCGUGCACAACACCCUGCACCACAGCAUCACUACAAACAUGCCUCUAAUGAAUACAUAGAAGAUAUAUGUCCAUACGCAACAUUCCAACUGACGAAACCAACAGCGUACAGUGAGAGCAGUUACAGCGGUAACGUAUACAGCGGACCCUAUCACUCAGUACGGGGCUCCUUCGUAUACCACGAUCUUAAGCAAAAUGACAAGUACAAGGGGAAAGAGCCAGAAUAUACGAAAGUAAGAAGAAAAGGAAAUAGACUUCGAGACCCGCACUCUGAGAGCCAAGAGUCGGACAACUUGGGAUCGACGGACUCGGAGGUGAAGAAGAUACUAACGCUGCACCUGCCAAUUACAGAGUACGAGGACGAUGCGAGCGAUGACGCUAGUGCACCACACUCAGAUAGCGAGCCCGGCGCCCGCCUUAGACCUACGCAUCCUACUUCAUAUACAGGCGUAGAGCGGGAGGAAUCAUCUUCAUCUUCGGAGAACUCAAUAGGCGGUAUGCAAGUGCGCAAAGCUUUCCCGUCGCGCAAGGGCAAGGCCGGCGCGCUCGGCAAGCGACACGUGCGCUCCUCGUCAGGCUACAGCAGCCACAACGACGAGACCACCUUCAGUAUAUCCAACUAUCCAUCGUUCAACGAGCACAUCCACCCUCCGUCCCGCUUCUCUGACGACACAGAGUGCGAGGGGCACCACCGGCGCAAGCGCGCGUCGCACUCGCACGCGGCGCACGCGCACGCCGCACCCGACAAGCAGGUCACGAGGGAGGCUUUCCAAAUUAAUGUCUGA